CUAAUCAGGGUCAUUUUUAAAGUUUUGUACUGGUCAGUCUUUUAGAAACAUAAUGGUUAACAUUGUGCAUUGGGCUGUACUGGAGACAGUAAUUGUUUAAUGUCAUUAACAAAUAUGCAUGUUCUGUUUACUCUUUGUCUCCUAAGAUAUGUGAAGACUGGGUUGCCACAUGUACUGCCUUGAAUAUUCCACUCUCCAAAAGUGACCACCCAGCAAUGAGGAAGUUUCUUUUUGAAAAUGUAACGAAUGGAGGAGCCAUUCCUGGAUUUCACCAGCUGCAAGAAAAAUACCUAGGCAAUGUUUACCUGAAAGAAAAGGAGGCACUCAGAAAACGUUUAGCCAAAAAGCCUGUUGCAGUCAUAUUUGAUGAGACUCCAGAUGUAGAGGGGAGAUGUGUUCUAAACAUUCUCAUUGCACCCUUGGAAAAGGAUGAAUCUGGGAGAAUACUGGCCUACUUGGCAGACACCGUCUUCCUAGAGCAGUGCAACCACUCAACUGUCUCAGUGUCUGUGGUCAAGUGUCUGCAGGAAUAUGACAUAGCAAAUGAGGAUGUCAUUGUUUUUGACACAGACAAUGCAGCCUACAUGAAGAAAGCAUAUACAGCUGCUUUGCAGUCUUUAUUCCCAAACUCACUGCACGUUACGUGCAUGGCCCACAUAAUGAACCUCAUCGGUGAUGCCUUCCGCAGACCUUUUGACCAGCUAAAUUCAUUCAUGCUCAGCUUUUCGCAGAUGUUUUACCAUGCUGGCUCUCGGAAAAGAAGAUACCUCCAGUUCAUGUCAGGAAAACAUCCUACCAGACAAAAGGCAACCAUGGCUCCAAAUCCCUGUGCUACACGGUGGAACUCCUGGUUCAAAGCCGUGCAAUACCACUCAGAGCACUUUAAACUCUACAAGGAGUUCAUAGAGAUGGAAAUAAAGGUGAGUGGCAGCAGUGCACCGCAGUCUGUGGAGAGACUCCAUGAGAUGCUACAGAAUGAAGACAUGGCUCAGUGUCUCCAGGUUCAGCUCAGCAUCAUGGCAGAUAAGUGUAAACAUAUUCUACAGCUACUUGACAUCUUUCAGAGCAGGAAACCUAUAACCACCAAGGUUUUUGACUACUUCGAGGAUCUACAGAUGAACUUUACUGCAAACAAGGAGUUACAGUAUGAAUCCUGUGCUGAGCACUUUGAAGGACUUGAUGUCCAUCAUGCCACCAAAACACACAUCCUCAACUUAGUGCAUCUAGCGUACAGCAAUGCAGAGGAAAAACUCACGAAGUACAUGUCAGAGGGACAACCUGCCAUCAACUUCCUUCGAGAAGUCAGAGUGUUUGACCCUCGUUACAUUUCAUUCAUGGAGAACAGUGUUUCUGGCUACACACACAUCCCAGGCUUCAGUGCUGUCCCCAAUGAUGAGUUUGAUGCCUACUUCCAACGCCUGGGUCCAGCAGCACUCAAAGCGUCAGCAUGUGGAGUGGUAGAUCUAGAUGUGUUUUGGGAUGGGCUUCUCGAGAGACUUCCUGUCCUCAGUGCCUUAGCCAAACGAUACAAGGAUGUCAUCGUGAACUCAGCAGAUGCUGAAAGAAGCAACAGCCUUUACAAGCUUGUGCUAUCAAGCAGAAGAAGAUCAAUCACUAACAGCAACCUCAAAGCCUUGGUCUUCUUGUACCACAAUCAGCGACUCACUAGUGGAGUGUUUGAGAGGGAUGAGCUCGAGAUCGAUUGUGGGCCCAACUCUGAGGAUGAAGUGGAGGACAGUUUGGAUACUUAG